UUAUUUCCUUUCAUUAUAACCGCAAGGCUACGUCGAAUGAGUACGUCGUCGCUUGUUAGUAAUUCGUGUCGUUUUAUUAAAUAAAUAUUUUGAAUUUAAUAGAAUAUUGUGGAUAAACGGGAAAAUGUUCGAUACCAUUACGGUUAUCGCGACCCGAUCCAGGUGAAACGCGAUUAGUGACGAAAUAAAGGGAAACGUGGUGCGUUUUGUCGCGGUAGGUGUCGUUUGUUAUCAAACAGCGAGGCCGCGAGGUGAGGGCUAUGGCGGAGGCGGCGCCCGGGAACAUCGUGAAGGAGGGCUGGCUGCAGAAGCGCGGCGAACACAUCAGGAACUGGCGCGACCGCUACUUCAUACUCUUCGACAACGGCGACUUGGUGGGUUUCAAGACGCAGCCAGAACGGAACAACUACCGUGACCCCCUGAACAAAUUCACGGUCCGCGACUGCCAGAUCAUGGCUGUGGACAAGCCGCGGCCGUACACCUUCACCAUCCGCGGUUUACAGUGGACCACUGUUAUUGAACGCAACUUCUCAGUUGACACAGAGAAAGAACGUGAGGAGUGGGUGGCAGCGAUCCGCUUCGUAUCCGGCCAGCUGAGUACAGGCGCUGCGGGCGCCAGCGCCGGCGGCAACGCAGCAUCAUCAGCACCUUCGGAGACUGAUGACCAUGAUAUCGCACAGCUCGGCACCAGCUUCCGUGACCCUCGCCGUAUUACAUUGGAGAAAUUCGAGUUCGUAAAGGUGCUCGGCAAGGGUACGUUUGGCAAAGUUGUACUGAGCCGAGAGAAGGGCACAGGGAAGCUAUACGCGAUGAAGAUCCUCAAGAAGAACGUCAUCAUACAGAAGGACGAGGUCGCCCACACCAUCACAGAGAACCACGUGCUCAAGAAAGCUAAACACCCGUUCCUUACUGCGCUGCGGUACUCGUUCCAGACGGCAGACCGCGUGUGCUUCGUGAUGGAGUACGCCAACGGUGGCGAACUUUUCUUCCACUUGUCUCGAGAACGGUCAUUCACUGAAGAGCGCACGCGGUUCUACGGCGCCGAGAUCGUGUCCGCGCUGGGAUACUUGCACUCAGAGGGCAUUAUCUACCGCGACCUCAAGCUCGAGAAUUUACUGCUAGACAAGGAUGGACAUAUUAAGAUUGCAGAUUUCGGACUGUGCAAGGUGAACAUUACGUAUGGACGCACAACGAAGACGUUCUGCGGGACGCCCGAGUACCUCGCGCCCGAAGUACUCGAGGACACAGACUACGGGCCCGCCGUCGAUUGGUGGGGCACGGGCGUGGUGCUGUACGAGAUGGCGUGCGGGCGGCUGCCGUUCUACAACCGCGACCACGAGGUGCUGUUCUCCCUGAUCCUGUCGGAGGAGGUCCGGUUCCCGCGCGCGCUGUCGGCCGCGUGCCGGGCGCUGCUGGCCGGGCUGCUCACCAAGGAGCCCGCCAAGCGGCUCGGCGCGGGGCCCGACGACGCCAUGGAGAUCAUGCACCACCCGUUCUUCGCCUCCAUCAACUGGGCCGACCUCGUCGCCAAGCGGGUACCACCGCCGUUCAAGCCCCAGGUGGAGUCAGAGACGGACACUCGGUACUUCGACUCUGAGUUCACGGGCGAGUCGGUCGAACUCACGCCGCCAGAACACGACUCCGCGCUGCAACGCAUACAGGAGGAGCAGUUCCCGCAGUUCUCCUACCAGGAUAUAAGCUCGUCGGCACACUCCGCACUGUCACACCUGUCACAGUCCGCACUCGCCGACCGUCACCAGUAGCCGGUUGUCACCAAGCAAGAAACAUCCUUAUGGAGAUAGUACCGUGAACACGAAAUCGAAACCAAUAAAUUUGCUCUCAUACGACGUUUUUCUUCUAGCGUUGUAAAUUCUCGCUUAUCAGUGGAUAAUAAGAUCGUCCAUCUCUCUUACACGUAACUGUAAUGUUGAGAUAGAGAAUGAGAAGGGCGAAUUUAUUGGUAACAAUUUUUAUGUACACGCGUUAAGAUCUCUAAUUCAUUAUAAGAGUGUUCCAACCAAAGUUUGGCAACAUCUGUAUCCUCUGUCAAGUUUCAAAAAUAGAACAAUGUGUUAGGAUCUAAGAAAAAACUGACAUAGAAUCCUGAUUGAAAUAGGUACACUGAACCAUAUAUAGUUAUCGCAUUCUGACUUAUGGAGUUAAUAAUGAGAUAGAAGAGUAUGUAUAUACAUUGUUCGAAAUUUCGAACGUUGUCACUAUUGUCAACCGUCAUUUGGUUAUUUCUGUGUUCUGUCCAUCUAUACAAUUUGUAUAGAAUAAAUUUUUAAUUAGACAUUUGUAUAUACGAUCUCAAAGGUUCAGUUGUUAUUUGAAUCAGAAUUUCAUGUUCUUAGUUUAAUUAUUUAAAAAUUGGCUUUCUAUUGCCCUGUAACGUUAUAGAACGAGUUGUACAUAUAUCAUUAAAAUACAACUACCUGUUCCAUGUUAGUUUAGGAGUUGUUUCAGUUAAAGGUGGAAUUACAGGGUACGGAAGCAUGGCACCUUAGUACUCCGGAAUGGCAAUGAAUGAUUAGUACCACAGUUGUAAUGGCAACGGGAUGUUUGUAGUGCUGUUCAUGUAUAAAAUGUCGCCACUUCAUUUCCUCAUAUCAAUUCGACGUUCAAUUUAAACGGGGAUAGAAAUUACGACGGCCUGUGCCGAGGUUCGAACCCCUAGCGGUGCCCUCAGACUAAAGGCGUAUCUGUCAGGCGGGUGUUACCCUUCAGCUGCUCUAUAAGUCCAUCUGCGGGGUUAGAGUGCCAUCUGCACUCGCCUCCUAUCAUCCGGUGAAGCUGUAAAGGCCAGCUGCAAUCAACAGUAUUAGAGUAGUUCGAAAAAAAAAUUAUACAUCAGGUGGUCAGCUAUUUGCCAUUCCAGUUGCAUUAAAAAAAACUAUCUAAAGUCUAUAAUACUAUCAAAUAAGUUCCAGUGACAGUUUAGUAGUAAUUGUAUUGCUUUAUUAUUAUUUUAGUUAUCUAUAAGAGCAGUGUUUUGUAAACAACCCUAAGAUAUUAGGUACAGUAAUGGCCACUGAGUUAAUAUUGACAAAUUAUAUAGAAUUGUCUAAUUAUAAUUAAUUAUUAGAUGUUGCCUUACAAACUCUGAGUGGUAAGAUUUGAGUGGUAUAUUCUCCUAAUAGUGUCACAAUAUUUGUGGUAAAUAUCGAAGGGGUGAGGUAAAUAUGUGAUUACGCAGUAAGAUAUAAAUACAUACAAAAAAUGUUCAAAUUAUAUAAUCGGGAUAUCUAUCGUGUUUGUUAUUUAUUAACUCCCGAUAUAUCGAUGUUACAAACAUUCUGCAGGUCUACUUUGGAGUUUAAACUCAAUAUUAAUUCACGGAUAUUUUUCUGCUGCUUAGUCAAGUAGUCAAAACUAAACUGAA